CCUUACUUGUAGCAAAACAAGCCAAGAGGAGGAACAGACACAGCCCUGGUAGUUGUGGUCCGGCCCUCAUUCUACAGAUAUGGCAAACAAGGGGAACAAGAAACGUCGGCAGUUCUCCCCAGAGAAGAAAAUGAAAGUUGUGGAAGCUGUGGACUCAGGCAAGAGGAAAGGCGAUGUGGCAAAAGAAUUCAGAAUCACUCCUUCUACUUUGUCUACAUUCUUAAAGGAUCGUGCCAAAUUUGAAGAAAAGGUGCGGGAGGCAUCUGUGGGACCUCAGUGGAAAAGGAUGAGGAAUGCUCUUUAUGACGACAUUGAUACUGUUUUUGCUUGGUUUCAAGAAAUCCAUGCCAAAAACAUUCUCGUGACUGGUUCUGUCAUUCGGAAAAAAGCACUAAACUUGGCCAACAUGCUUGGCUAUGACAAUUUUCAAGCAAGUGUGGGCUGGCUGAACAGAUUUCAUGAUCGCCAUGGAAUUGCUUUGAAAGCAGUCUGUAGAGAGCAUAGUGACAGAUUAAUGAAUGGUCUAGGAAUAGAUAAGGUUAAUGAGUGGCAUGCAGGGGAAAUUAUAAAACUAAUUGCUGACUACAGCCCAGAUGAUAUCUUUAAUGCUGAUGAGACAGGAAUGUUUUUCCAGUUGCUUCCCCAGCACACACUUGCUGCUAAAGGGGACCAUUGUAGAGGGGGCAAGAAAGCAAGGCAGUGGUUGACAGCACUCUUUUGUUGCAAUGCUUCAGGGACUGAAAAAAUGAGACCAUUGAUUGUUGGUAGGUCAGCCAACCCACGUUGCCUCAAGAAUGUCCAUUCCCUCCCUUGUGACUACCGAGCCAACCAGCAGGCGUAGAUGACACAGGAUCUGUUUAAUGAGUGGCUGAUCACCUCGUGGCUGAUGCAAGUGGACGCCAGAAUGAAGCAGGCAGAACGCCGGAUCCUCCUGCUGAUUGACAACUGCUCCACUCACAACGUGCUUCCACGCUUGGAAAGGAUUCAGGUGGGGUAUCUGCCCUCAAAGUGUACUGCUGUCUUGCAGCCACUGAAUCUUGGCAUAAUUCAUACCACAAAAGUGCUGUAUAGGAGCCACCUGCUAAAACAGAUCCUCCUCAAGCUCAACAGCAGUGAAGAUCAAGAAAAAGUGGACAUCAAGCAGGCCAUUGACAUGAUUGCUGUGGCAUGGUGGUCAGUCAAGCAGUCCACAGUGGUGAAAUGCUGGCAGAAGGCAGGUACCAUCCCUGUGGAAUUGACAGAUUCUGACGUAGAAGCAGCAGCCAGUGAACCAGAUACUGUCAUUGAAAAGUUGUGGCACUCAGUGACGAUUGCCACCUGUGUCCCAAAUGAAGUAAAUUUCUGGGACUUUGUCACUGCAGAUGAUGGUCUCAUCAUGUCUCAGGAGCUGCUGGACACGGUCAUCCAGGACAUGGUGGCCGGUGAAAGGACUGAUGAAGCUGGAAGUGAAGAUGAGGGGGAGGCACCUCUACCACAGCAGCCAAAAAUCACCACCACAGAGGCCAGCUCAAGUGCACAGAAACUUAGACGGUUCCUUUCCACUUGUGUAGGUGUUCCUGAUGCCAUUUUUGGACAGCUAAAUGGCAUAGAUGAAUAUUUAACGAGAAGAGUGACACAAACUCUUGUUGAUUCCAAAAUUACACAGUUUCUCUGAACAAAAUAA